AUGCAAUAUGAAUUGAUAAUUCAAGAUAAAGGGUUACGACAUAAAUCAAAUACAGAUAUACGAGCUUAUGAGAGUAAACACACAAUAAGUUUAUAAAAUUGAAUGAUAAACAUGUGUUCUAAGAAAUACAUUUUGGUUAGAAUAGUGUGAGGAAACAAUUAGAUAUUUUAUAAAAUCUAUGCAAAUAUGAUUAAACGCCUCAUGAAUAUUAAAAGGAAUAACCCAUAACAUUAUCCAAGUCAUGAGCAUGUGCGUAUUAGGCUUUUCAUGGAAUAUACACACAUUCAUAUACUUCAAAUGUGUUUUUUAUCUCACAAUCUGAACAUCAAUGUAAACUAGCAUGGUUAUAUGAUUUUCUAAACACAUUUCCUUUUUUUUAAAAAAUAAGAUGGGCUCCCCCAAAAGAUUAUGUGCUUUAUUAAAUCAAGUGAACCACUAGUGGUAUUAGAGACAUUGAGAAAUUUUUAGAUAUGAACACAUCUAGCUACUUGUUAAAAAUAUUCAGAUCAUUGGUAAAGUUGAAGGGUGUCAUUAGAAAUUAGAGGAAAGUAGUUAUUUAAAGUUUGAGGUGCAAUCACUUGUUGAUGUAACUUAGGAAUUGAUAUCAAAUGAAGGAUGAUUUUUUUUUGACUAAUGUGGCCACACAAAGAUAUUUAAAGGCUUCAUAGUGCCUCACUAUUUAAUUUUUUCAUCAACUACAAUGCAGGCUAUUCUUAGAUGAUGGAGCCCAUUUAAGGUCUAACAUCAACCGGAGUAGAAGCAUAGACAACAUGAAUACCUAUUUAUGUUGGAGCUAGCCCAAUUACGAAAUUGAGCCCAUAUUUCUGUUUUUAAUUCUUUCUAACUUUUACCUCUUUCUAUUUUUAGUUAUUAUUAUUUUAUCCUCUUAUUUUUACCUCUUUCUAUUUCAAUAUUCCUUUUAUUAUUAGUUUCUUUCUAUGUUUAGAUAUUUACCAUUUUCAUUUCCACUUCUAUUCUUACUUCCUUUUUAUUUUCCUUCUAUUUUUAUUUUCAAAUUUUAUUUAAAAAUUAAAUUUAGGUGCCAAAUCAAAAUACUUCAACUUAUUUAAAGGCACCUCAUGUAGCUAGAGAUGUUUCAAUUUCAAUCGAUAAUUUUUUAUGAGUUUCUUCUUCUAUGAAGUAAUUUCCAUCUAUUGGUGGACUCUAGCUCCCCUAUGGACUCAAGGAAACCAUCUCUAUGAUUCUAUGGACUCAGCUCACAUCCUAUGUAGAUUCAAUAGAACUAUUUUGAUCCUUGUGGACUCAAGAUCAAACCCUUGUGGACUAAAGGGUCAAAGUUUCUUCAUAAUAUGGGGUCAAGGUGAAAAAUCUUCAUGUAAGUCAAGUCUUUUGUGGAUUCAAAGAUGA